AUGGAUUAUCAGAACCGCGCCGGUUCCAAGUUUGGCGGCGGUGGUGUCGCAUCCCACAGCGCGACCAACGCCGACCGACGUGAGCGUCUGCGCAAACUCGCCCUUGAGACCAUCGACCUAGACAAGGACCCUUACUUCUUCAAGAACCAUGUUGGAUCAUUCGAGUGCAGACUCUGUUUGACAGUUCAUCAAAACGACGGUAGCUAUCUCGCUCACACGCAAGGCAAGAAGCAUCAGACGAACCUCGCGCGACGUGCAGCCAAGGAGCAGAAGGAAGGAAAGGGUCAGAUUGAUCCACAAACAGGUCUUCCUGUAGGUGUCGUGGGCGCCGGUUUUGCCGCACUUGGCUUGGGUGGCGCGAAGCGGAAUGUCGUCAAGAUUGGACGGCCUGGCUACAAAAUCACAAAGGUCAGGGACCCAGUCACGCGGCAACAAGGACUUCUAUUUCAGCUGCAGUACCCAGAGAUCAGCAGCGACGUCACACCAAAGGUCCGCUUCAUGAGUGCAUUCGAGCAGCGCGUCGAGGAGCCACCGGACAAGAACUUCCAGUACAUGCUGGUGGCAGCCGAGCCGUACGAGACCUGCGCAUUCAAGCUACAGGCUAGAGAGGUGGACAGAUCUGGCGAGCGCUACUGGACAUGGUGGGACAAGGACCUGAAGGAGUUCUGGGUUCAAGUCAUGUUCCUCACGGAGCGCGAGGAGAGGUACGCCGGUGUGCCUGGAUUGCCUGGACGAAGAUAA